AUGGAUCCUUUCUCCAUUAUAGUUGGAACUGUCGGCCUGGCAGAUGUCUCCAUCCGUGUCAUCUCCUAUCUCGGCUCCCUUAAAAGCGCAACCUCCAAAAUCCAGGACGAAAUCACCAUUCUGGGGCAAGAAAUUGAAGCUCUCGUUGCUGUAAAUGACUCAGUUGAGGACUUCUGGCAUUCAAGACAUGACUUGAAUGGCUUUGACGCGCCAGUCAACGAUGGAUCUCAUGCUAGUAAUGUUUGGAAAAAUCUGGCAUCGCUUUUGCAGCAAAGCAAAAUGACCAUUGAGCAGCUUGAAAUAUUACUCAAGGAGGUCGUCGGCAAGAAAAGCACCCUCGUAGCUGGCAAGCUCGACGGCCUUAGAAAAACGAUUCGGAGACAGGAUCGAGACGGCGAAUAUAUGCAAAUACGACAGCGCCUCGCCAAUAACCAAGCCGGUAUGCAGAUGUUGCUGAGCGCUCUUAACCUCUCCUACACGCUCAAAUCGCACUCAGCAGCGGAUCGUUCUGUGGAUACCCUACCGGAGAACUUGCAGCAUCAAAACAAUAAGCUCGCAAUAAGAAUUAAAAACCUUCGCCGGAUUCUCCAAAGCUCAACCGAUCCAGACAACCUCCACGAUUCCCUCAUUUCUGCGGAUGCAGUGGCAUCGCUCAUUAGGUUUAACAAGCAUUUCGACAUGCCUCAGACAGUUAGCAGUUAUUAUACUGGCCGACAGAAGCAGUUGAAUCUACUUAAAUCAACCCUUGACGUCGUCAACUCUCGCGACCCUCAAGAUCACCAAAAGCGCUUCGUCAUUUAUGGCCUUGGAGGCUCUGGAAAAACACAAUUCUGUUGCAAAUUUGCUCAGGACAACAGGGAACAUUUCUGGGGUGUCUUUUGGAUCGACGGGAGCUCGUAUGAAAAUGCCAAACACUCCUUCGCAGGAAUUGCCAAAAUUGGUGGUGUCGAACCCAACGAAAACGCGGCAAAGAACUGGUUUUCCAGUUUACAGUAUCCUUGGUUACUUCUCAUCGAUAAUGCCGAUGACCCCGAGAUUGACGUGAUGCGUUACUUUCCGAGCGGAGAGAGAGGCGUGAUCCUCAUCACCACUAGGAACCCUGCAAACAAGGGAUAUGGAACGGACGGUUCUCGCUUCUUUCAUUUUGAUAAGUUGGAGACUGAAGAGGCUAGUGACCUCCUUUUGGCGGCUGCCGCAUGCUCGCGUCCAUGGGGAGUAUCAACGAGGUCCUACGCCGCUCGAGCAGCUGAAAUCCUAGGAUAUUUGCCUCUUGCGCUCAUUCACGCUGGAAAGGCUAUCUUGGAAAAGCUGUGUUCUCUAAGUGACUAUCCUGAGUACUACGAGCGAACGUGGAAUAAAAUCCGCCGGUCUCGAAGUCGGAGUCCCUCUCGUGGUCAGGAUGAUAAGCGUGCGUUGAAUAUGAGUGUGUAUUCUUCAUAUGAGAUGAUAUAUCUUGGCCUCGAAAGCAAAAACAACGACCAAUCCAGAGAUGCCCUUGAACUGUUGAAGACCUUCUCGUUCUUCUACUGGGAGAACAUUGAGUUCGAUCUCCUAAAAAAUGCGGCUUCGAACCCUCGGCGAGAACGGGAAGAUGCACGUGCUAAGCAGCGUGUGGCAAAACCAGUACCGAUAAAUUCAAGACCCAAGACAUGGGGGAAAAUAUUUCAUGACUGGGCCGCUACAGUGAUAGAGCCCCUUACGAGACCAAGUAUCAUCCUGCCUGCUGUCCUGCGUGACGAGGACGACGACCCGUUUGAUGAAGACCGGCUGCGCAGUGCUUUGUCUCUUCUGGUUCGCCUUGGCAUGCUGACACUUCAUGAUGAAAACAAUAGCUAUUGGAUGCAUCCAUUGGUCCAUACCUGGGUGCGACAAAGACCUGAAACCAGUACGGCAGAGCAAGCCGUUUGGUGUCAAGCAGCAGCCACGAUAUUGGCACAAUCGAUCUUUUUCCAAGCCCCACGUGCAUAUACGGCCCAGGAUGAGAAGUCAAAGAGGGAAAUAUAUCCACACGUGGAAAAUGUUCGCAAGUUACAGGCAGAUAUCAAGCAACGUUUUGAAGAAAACCAGAGGGCUCCUCAUUGGCUCUGGCCAUUAAGAUGGCUGGCGCCUCAGCCAGGCUUUGGGAGGCUGCAGGCGACUGAAUAUGCGAAAUUCAGCUUGGUUUACCUUCACUGUGGGUACUGGUCCAAGGCAGAAGAACUUCAGCUUCAAGUAAAGGACUAUUUGUUCGCAAAGCUAGGUCCUGAGUCCGAGUAUAGCAUCGCUAUUGCUUUCUUACUGUCCAAGAACUAUGUUUGGCAGACACGGAAUAACGAAGCUAGAGUGCUACAAUAUGAAGUCCUGGAGUCCGCCAAAAAGCUAUAUGGACCAAAGCACCCUACAACUUUACAGAUCAUGGAUACCCUUGGUGCUACAUGUAUCUUGGGAAGUAGGUACCGAGAAGCCAAUCGGCUGCACCAAGAAGUUAUCGAAAGUCUAUCGAAGUUGGAAGGGUUCGGUCCCGAGCACGAAGAUACAUGGACCGCCGUGGAUAAUCUUUCCAAGGUCAAGCUUCGCUAUUUUGAGCAUGAAGCGGCAGUUGAUCUGCAGCGGCAAGCAUACGAGGGGAUGCUAAAGCGAUUGGGUCCUACGCAUGAGAAAACCUUAGAGGCGAAAGACAAUCUUGCGGCUAUCUAUGGAUUUAUCGGCGAGGAGUAUCUUCCGCUUGCUCUUCAAAUGAGUGAAGAUGUUACAUUGAUUCGAAAAGACACACUGGGACAUGAACACCCUCUUACACUAAAAUCCACGUUGACGGUCGCAAAGAUCAAGACUGCUAUGAAUCAAUUCAAAGAGGCGGAAGAAAUCUUCCUAGAAGGGUUGCCCAUUGCUAAGAGAAACUUGGGUGAAAAUCACCUAGGAACUCUCACAGCUCGCACCUGGCUUGGGCAUCUUUACUGGCGGCAAGAACGGUAUUCCGAGGCGCAGGAGAUAUGGGAAGAUAUAAUUACAAAGCAAACAUUUGAACAGACAAAACGUGCAGAUGGGGGACAUGGGGAUCGGGUUCAAGCAAUGUGGUUUUUAGUCCACUGCUAUGAGGACCAGGGAAAAAUCGAAGAUGCCCUGAAUAUGACGGAGGAUUUGAUUCAGAUUGUUAGCAACUUUGGCGGAGAAGGGCUAGGACAGCAGCACAAACUCUGGAUAUCUUUGAAUGAAAAGAAAGAGGAAAUACUGAAGGUCAAGGAGGAGGGUCGGGAUCAUAUUGUUGCUGAUAGCGCAGGUGUCUCAUCCAGUGGCUUGUCAACAUCUUCGGCAAUACCACCCAAGAAAGUGGUCAAAGACUUUACUUUCUAA